GCUUGCAUACCUCCACGGACCACUGCGCGCAAUCAGUCGCGAGGACAAUUACCGGCAAAAGACAAAAAGGACCAGCGAAGCAACCGAGAUUCUUCCGCCUGUCGCUUUUCUUUUCCCCUCCCCUCCUACCACCGAAGUGAACCGGCGAGACGGGGAGGAAGAAAGAGCCAGAGAGGGUGUUCGCGAGAGAGAGGAGCGACAAGUGAUGCUGCAAAUACGAUAGCCUCUUCAUAUGAGCGACACGGGUAUUUUGUCCAAUUGACGACAGACCUAGUCGCGCUGUCUCAGCAAUGUAUGUGUUGUUGGUCGUUGAACCCGUUCGCUCUGGAAUACAACAAGCUGAUCAUUGUGAUUCUGACCCAGGCCCGUCUACUCGUUGAUCAUUAUCAACAAGGCCGGAGGCCUCAUCUACCAGCGGGACUUCGAGGCUGGCCUGCAGAAACUCUCGACGAACGACUACCUGGUGCUGGCGGGAACGUUUCAUGGGUAGGUCGUCAUAACAGACAGUCCUAUCGCUUUACUCUGCUAUCUUUCUGGUGUCGUACUAAACACAUUGGCUGCUCUCUCCAGUGUCCAUGCCAUCACCCGCUCGUUAACCCCUCUGAUCCCCUCUUCCAACGCCCCUGCCAGUAG